AUGUUCAAGUCCGUCGUCAUCAAUCAUGCUGGCCUGGAGGACGUCGAACGUCUUCAUUACCUGAAGACGUACCUUACAGGUCAAGCGGCUCAAGCGAUCGCCAACACCCCGAUGUGCAAUGAAAGCUUCUCAGUCGCCUGGGGUGCUAUCUGCAAGCGGUAUGAUACCCACGAGGCGAUCAAUGCACUCCUCGCUCAGAAGGUCAAUCUCCAGGAUGGAGACUGCUACCUUCUCACUCACAUUAUCAUCUCUAAACUCGACCGCUCAACUCGUGAACAGUGGGAAUUGUCUCUGGGAGCUUCAGUCGAGUUCCCAAAACUCAAACAAUUGCGUCAGUUCCUCACGGAUCGUGCUCGUGCUCAAGAACGGUACGAGGAAAGUACCUCAAAGGCUGGUGAUCAGCAGAAAUCCAGUCACUCAAACUCGCACUCAAGCUCCAAAGUCCAUAAGAACUCCUACGCUCAUAUGGCAACAUCCUCGGCUCCAAAAUCGGCUGGAACAUCAACACCAGCAAGCACUCAACCCAAGGUGGUGGCCAAAGCACAGUAUCCGUGCGACCUGUGCCAAGGUGAUCACUUUCUGGUCAGAUGUGACCAGUUUGGGAAAAUGACUCCACAGCAACGCACUCAGCUGGUGAUUCAAGCCAGACUAUGUCCAAACUGUCUUGGACACCAUCGAGUCGAGUCAUGCAAAUCACCAUUCCGUUUCAGAGUGUGUGAGGAACAGCACCACUCGAUGAUUCACCCAGGAAUCACUGCAACUCAAACUCAAAGUGCUCCUGCUCAAACUCAAUAA